ACCGUCUAAAACCGCGAAACACGUCCCGGCGUUCUCGAGGAAGAGGUAGUACGCGAGGCCGCCCGCCGCCGCCGUCGUGUGAGCCCAUCCGCGCCUCGCCGCCGCUUUUUUCCCCCGCGUGUGUGUGUAUGUGCGCGAUCCCGGCGAGAAUUCGAGGGCGUCCUCGGCCGCGCUCUGUCUCGGCGACCCUUCCUCCUCGAUCAUGUUCCUUACCGCUCGCUCACACUUGAUAUCGACACCGGACGACAGCACGAGCCGGAUCGCGAGCGAGAUCAACCGCACCGUCGUCUUCGUCGGCCGCGCCACGAGCAUCGUGACAGCGUGCAUCAAUCGUGCGAAUCGAUCGAACGCUGGCGAUCAGAGGAGCCCGUGACCUUGAGAGUUCGUCGUGUGCUAGCGAGAUAUGCCAGAUUAGGGGACAAUUAGCGCGCGUUAUCCGCCGAUGGCGCGCUAAUGGGGCACGCGCGCGCGGUACCCGCGUAUAUCUUCUCGACGGAGGCACCCACGGCGAUCGUCGCUGAUUCGUACGGUGCUGCUGCUACUGUUGCUGCUGCUGCUGCUGUUGCUACUGGUACACGAGUUGGUGAUGUUUUGACAGUGGGUGCGCGCCAUCCUCGCGACGCGAUCCUCGACCGCGCCGUUGCCGCCGCGCGACCGCUGUCGUUUUGAAAACGAUUUCGCCUCCGAUUCGAGGUGUGGGGAAAGAGCUCCCGAAUUUUGCACAAAAUGAAGGGGCAUGGACGAAAAGCCGACAAGUGCGUAUUAGAGGGAGCAUUCGAACUUUCGGCAUUAUCCCGCCGAUUAUGUCAGAGUUUUCUCCGCGCGUUGCUUUAAAUAUCGCAGUCGGGAGGGGACGCGUUGUGCCAAAGGACAUUUUGUCGGACAGAUAAGCACGACGAAUGUCGGGCAAGUUUAAUUGAGCUUCCACAAGGAGAUACGGCCGAGGAGACCGCAGUAGGAAUCCUUGAGUGAAACGCGACCCCGACUUCGGAAUCGUGAACGAUUCGCGACACGCUCGGGACGAGGUCAAGAUGAGAAGACGCACGAGAAGAAUCGGAGAUCGAGCGAGUGCAACGAGCGAGUCCCAGGGUAGCCGUGCGACGUCCAGCCGCCGCUUGGCGAGGAUCGUGAAGGUCGAGAUCGUCGUCUCGGGCAGUCGCGCGUCAGGGUGAUCGCGAUCGGCAGAGAGGAGCGUCGUAGUGGCACGGCUGCGCACGACGAAACAUGAACGACAGCGAGAUCUAUUUGCUGAGCUGGGAAGACGAGGUACACGCAGCAAACAACGACGAUCUCGGCAGGAGCUUCUACAACGCGAGCUAUCCGCCGUUCAACAGCACGUACGAGGACCUCUGGGAACUCGCGACUGAUCGCGCCGGUCUCGCGAUCGUUCUCCUGCUCUUCUCCGUGGCCACCGUGUUCGGCAACACGCUGGUGAUAUUGGCGGUGUUCAGGGAACGGUAUCUGCACACAGCCACCAAUUACUUCGUCACCUCGUUGGCCUUCGCCGACUGCCUGGUCGGUCUGGUGGUGAUGCCGUUCAGCGCGGUUUACGAGGUGCUGGAGAACCGUUGGCUCUUCACGACCGACUGGUGCGACGUGUGGCGCUCGUUGGACGUUCUAUUCUCCACCGCGUCCAUCCUUAAUCUGUGCGUCAUCAGUUUGGACCGCUACUGGGCGAUCACCGACCCGUUCACGUAUCCGACGCGGAUGAGCCGGAAACGCGCGGCUAUCCUGAUCGCGAUCGUGUGGAUCUGCUCGAGCGCGAUCUCCUUCCCCGCGAUCGCCUGGUGGCGGGCAGUGCGGACCGAGCAAGUGCCAGAGGACAAGUGCCCGUUCACGGAGAAUCUCGGCUACCUGAUAUUCUCGUCGACAAUCAGCUUUUACUUGCCGCUGUUCGUCAUGGUGUUCACGUAUUACCGGAUCUACCGCGCCGCCGUGAUACAGACGAGGAGCCUCAAACUCGGCACGAAGCAAGUGAUGAUGGCCUCGGGCGAGCUCGAGCUCACCCUGAGGAUACACCGGGGUGGUGGCACCAACACGGACGCUCGCCACCUCUUUCGCACCACCUCGAGCACGCCCGAGGAGCUGCAGGACCUUGAGGAGCCGCUGACCGCUCUCCACAAUAACGGUCUCACUCGCGUGCCGUCCGCGAGGAUCAACAACAAGCAGCACCUCGGCAAAAAUUUCUCCCUGUCGCGCAAGCUCGCCAAAUUCGCCAAGGAGAAGAAGGCGGCGAAGACCUUGGGCAUUGUCAUGGGCGUCUUCAUUAUAUGCUGGUUACCGUUCUUCGUCGUGAAUCUCUGGUCGGGUUUCUGCACGAGGUGCAUCUGGCAGGAAGAGAUAGUAUCCGCGGCCGUCACAUGGCUCGGUUGGAUUAAUAGUGGGAUGAAUCCCGUGAUAUACGCCUGCUGGAGCAGGGACUUCCGUAGAGCUUUCGUCAGAAUUCUAUGCGUUUGUUGUCCCAGACGAAUGAGACGGCGGUAUCAACCGGCAUUCAGGUGUAAACCGAGCCAGUAUAUUUCCGGGAUGGGAACGGGCGGACAGGCGAGUAACGUGAGCUACAGCAGCGUCAGUCAGAGCAGCGACGGCGGCGUGUACACGACCGGAAGUGGACCCCCCAGCGGCGGUAUCUGACGUCACACAUCGGCCCGAUCAGGGCCGCGUCGAGAGCGGGCGAUUCGAUUCCGUGACGCGUGAUUGUAAGUCGCGUCCGGAGAGAGGAGAGAGAAACCUUCUCUCGCUGGCAACCGAGAGGGAAUCGAAAUCCCGCAAGACUCGACAUUGAUCAUCGCGCCCCCGGCGAAAUAAUGCCGGGGAGAAGCUCUUAGAACGGAGUUUGCAUUCAAAGGGUGGGGUCCGGGAUGAAUAAAACCAUCAGCGCUCUAAACCGAAAACGUGGGUCGCGACGCUCACCAAGUGGACCACGUGGGAAGACGUGGGAAGGCAACCUGGCAACCGAACGCGCUGAAAAACCGCUGAAAAACGAAGCACGUACUUAGCACGUACACCGCCCCCGAACGCUCCCCCGCGAUUAAGGUUGCUUGACGUUCGUGUCGCGUCAAACAUAAUCGCGAUUAAUCGACGAGGUGAACGCGAGUGCCCUCCGAGUGUAUAUAACACGCGUAUCCGUAUCGCGCGACCUCCCGCAGGAAGGAAGGAAGGAAGGAAGGAACAAAUGAAUGAAUGAAUAAAUGAAGGGAGUUUGUAAAAAUCAACGUGAUAAAAAAUAACCGGCCACGACUCGACCGGCUGCGAGUCGUGAGACGCGCCGUGAUAGACCGGACUUCUAGGUGUUUCCUCCGUGUUAGAUCGUACAGGAAGAGGUGCCCUUUUUCACAUGUGGAAUUUGAAUGACACGCCAUUUCGUCGCCCGAGGACUGGUUGCAUCGGUGUGAGUCAACGCUAUCUCUGAAUCGAUCCAAUCGUCUUGGAGCCGUUUGUAUCAUAGAAUAGAAUUACGGCGCAAAGAGAAGAGCAGCGAAUCGUCUGUCCGGGAUUAAUUAUUUACUGCUAUCGGUGCGAGACUCCAGUUAAUUGUGCGAGACUAACCUAGACACCAUCCGUGACAGAUUAGAUAAACUUCCUGUGAGACUUCCUCGUUAGCGAGAAAGGGGAAAAUAAAAGUAUAAAAUGAAAUUGCGUGCACUAUCGGAUCUGUACAAAUCGAGUAUACAAAUCAAGACAGUCUCUCUUUUUCUUUGACAAAACGCGCGCGCGGGUAGUUUCGCGAGAGGGAACAAGUCGUACAUAUAUAUAUAUAUAUAUAUAUAUAU